AUGAAUAGACUGAGAACAGAAGUGAAGAAACUAUUAAAGAAAAACUAUCCAGUAGAGUAUGAAGACUCUUCUGCUGGCUCAUCCUUCUACGUAAUAAUCAAAGGGCCCCCUGGUACUCCAUUUUCCCAGGGAAAGUAUAAAAUACGCAUAUUCCUUCCAAAGGACUUCCCAUUUAAGUCUCCAUCAAUUGGGUUUGUUACUAAAGUAUUCCAUCCGAACAUUGAUGAAAGCAGUGGAAGCGUUUGCUUGGAUGUGCUAAAUCAAGUUUGGUCGCCUCUUUAUGAUGUUUUAAAUAUUAUUGAAACAUUCCUUCCACAGCUAUUGGCGUACCCAAACCCAGAUGACCCACUGAACAUUGAGGCAGGAAAGCUAUACAGAGAAAAUAUAGAGGCGUAUGAAAAGAAAGUGUGUGAAUAUGUAAAUCAAUAUGCAAAAGAAGAUGACUUGCAUGAUGCAGACUUAUUGGAAGAAAUUGUAUAAAAUAUGCAAUUUACAGGAGAGAAAAGAGAAAGAGUGAAAGGCGUAUUUGAUGCACUUUCCUCAAUAGUAGAUGAGACCUUGUAUAUAGGUCCAAUCGAAUUCAUACAGACAGAGUUGUAUAUAAUUAAGCGCCAGGACUUUUUAUCAGAUGAG